AUGAAAUUAUUGGGGGCACCCUACCUUCUAUACACCCCACCACCAGCUCAGCAGUCCCAUUGCAACCAUAACGACAACUGACACCUGUGGUGUGGAACUAUAAUUAACAUAACUGCUCACUAGUCAUUUGGCAUGUGAUAAUUUAUUUUGAUAUGUCGAUAAAGCUUUGAUUCUAGGGAGAAAAAUAACGCAACAAGCACGGGGGAAAAAAACAGCGUAGACUCUAUUACAUGUUCCAGCCGAUGAGACGGAUCGCCAGCACAGACAGCGAGAGGGGGUCUGUUCAUUGACUGUCCCGGACAGAUUGUGCGCGAUGUGCUCAGUUGUUUUUUUUGUUUUUUUUUCAUCCUGCUGGCAUUUGGGUGCUGUGACAUGGGCUGAACAGUACGCUGUUCGAUCUCCUACAGGAAUGGACCUGCAUGCCAAAGUCUGGGGAAUAUUUCAACGCAAGGUUUGAUCUCUGGUUUUCGUACCACUCUUUUUUUUUCUUCAAUUUCUUUUCUUUUCUUCAUUUAUUGUCGUUUUUUAGUAAAACUACAACCGGUGAUGGCUUGGCCGUGCAUCAGUAGAGUCUGCUGUUUGGCUCGGUUCUGGAACCAAUUUGACAAAUCCGAUCUCUCGGUUCCGCUCACCAUCCAAAACUAUUCCGACAUCGCGGAGCAGGAGGUGCGAUCCGUCACCAAACAAGUGCCCACGGACCGAAUCCACAGGAGCAGCAGCUCCCUCACCCCGGACCACCGUGGUGGACCCCCCCUGGCACUCAUCGAUGACAUCGGGACCACUCGGGAGUCGUUCAGGGGUCGCCGUGAGCUCGGUUACAAGCCCCGGGAGGACUACCAUCCACCCGUCGUGCCUUUUCCCACUGUUACGCAAUACACGCAGGAUUUCAAACCCUGGCCCAUUCCCAGAAAGGACAAUUUCCCUUGGAUCAGUAACGGAGGCAACAGGUCAGCCACUGUGGCGGACAGUCCAGUAAACAGUCACCCCAGUCACAAUGCCGCCGGCAGUCAGCCUGCACAGGGGCGUAGGGACGAGGGGGGAAGGGGCCAAAAGUUGGCGGAACCGCAAAACGCAGCAAGUGCCAGUACCAGUUCAUACAGACAAGAGUACAGAGAGUGGUCAGGGGCCAAACCAGCCAAGAGCACCAGGAGGAGCCAGUCCUCUCCCUACGUGGGCUCCCAGGGCCAGGCGGGCCAGCUGACUCCUGAGACCAGCUACCAGGCUGCCUUCAGCGGGGAGAGCCACCGGCCCACCCCCUCCGUCCCCACCACCACCACCACCACCACCAGCGUCCCCGCUGCACCGCCUGGCUCUGUGAUGCAGCCCUGCACACCGACCCUGACCCCUCUCCUCCAGAGCGGGCGUACUGGAUCAGCAGCCCCCCCCGGCCUCAGGCAGAACCAACUCUCCGAGAGGAACGACCUCAGCACAGAGGACAACCUCGUGAGGACUAAGCUGUCUCCAAACCCCUCCGCUCUUUCUCAUAGUGGCUCCCGAGUCUUCAACAUCUGACCGACAUAAAAACACCACAGAAAACAACGAGCACCAGCCAAUCUGCUCCGGCCGGCUGAGAUCCCCCGCACCAACAAGGAAGAAUUGUCCUCCGUUCAUUCCACACACCAUUAUUAAUCUAUGCAAGGGGGACUGUAGGCUGGGACUGUAUAGUGUGAGCCAGUGGGGGGUGGGGGGGGGGAUUGUCUGUUGAGGUCUGUCGCCUCUUCAGGAUUCAGCACAGAAUGAAUGAAAAGCAAAUCCUUUCCUGAUAUGUUCUGCUACUACCGUCUGUGGUAUUUAAAUAUGCAUGUUAGGGAAUAGUUUGAGAAAAGAAAAACAAACAUUCAUAAACAUUUUCUUUGUCGCAUCAGCUUGGUUGGCGCACGACUCCAUGGCUGCUCCGCGUGUUGGUGUGUAGUUCUUGUAUGUGUAUGUGUGUGUGUGCCCCUGAUUGAUUAAAUGUCAGUUUCUUGUG